ACGAGCCUUCCAAGCGCAUUACAAACCUUCAUAGCCCAAACAAAGCGCGUUCAUUUGAAGUCAUGCAGUUGAUAAGCUACUCCUAUGCUGUCGCCGCCCUUGCGAUUUGCUGCUUGAGCGCCGUUACAGCGCAGCCUCAGCGUGGUCUGGCCCAGCCGCGCUCCAACUCGUUUGAUGCGAACGCUGUGAUAUUAAAGCAGAACUUUGAUCUUAAUCCGGAUGGCUCCUAUCAGUACAACUAUGAGACAAGCAAUGGCAUACGCGCUGAUGAGGCUGGCUAUCUGAAGAAUCCGGGCUCGCAGUUGGAGGCACAGGUUAUGCAAGGCUCUUACUCCUACACAGGACCUGAUGGCGUUGUCUACACCAUUAACUAUAUUGCCGAUGAGAACGGCUAUCGUGCUGAGGGCGCUCAUAUACCCACACCGCCUCCAGUGCCACGCCCCGCUGGCGCUCCCGGACGAUUCUUCAAAUAAUUGCUUUGACUUUGACAUUUAAAACGGUUUUAAUUUGUUAUAUACGCAUCCAAGACGAAGUUCAGGGCUGCACUCAAUACACAGACCUCUUAACGAUUUCUCACUGUACAAUCUGCACACACACAUACUCUCUCACUCACACACGCAUAUUCAUUUCAUAUGCACA